AUGUUGACCUUCCACGAUGGUGCUUCAUGCGAUGUGAUCGCAUGGCUGAACGACGCCUGGAUGAACAUCCCGGCGCGCACCAUCCAGAGGUGCUGGUGGCGCACGGGAUGCCUUCCGCUCGUAUGGGCCAUGGACUUGGCGCAUGUCGCGGCGGAGGGUGCCUGCAACCCAGCCAGUGUGGCCGACAUUGGGCUCGACGCCGAGGUCGACGGGGUCGGCCUCCUUGUCGACCGUCUCUAUCUCUGUUCUAGCUCGAUGGCGGCGACGGAUUUCAUCGCCGUGGAUGACAACCAACCUACUUGCGCGGAGCCGGGUGAUGAUCCUCUUGCGGCGGAGCCGCGUCUGGCCCCUACGCACGACACGUGGGCGCCGCCCUCGACAAUGCAGGAGGUCUACGACGAUGCCAACUCGGCAUCCCGCGAAGCGCGGCGCACGGCACGUGCGGCAUGCGAAAUGCUAAUCGGUUAUGCGAAGGCGACCUGCAUCACCCCGCGGGACUUGUGCACCCUCUUCGAUAUCCGCAACCCCAUUAUCCGGGCGCGGAUGGAGCGCGCAAGCCCGCCUCUGAACCUCAACUCGACCCCGCCCCCCGCCAUGACGGUUGCCUCUACCCCAUAG